AUGGGUAAUUACCUUCAAAAUUUUCGUGGUAAUACUGACGAUAGGCCUAGAGAAACCAGACGAAGAGCAAGAUGGUUACCAAUAGCAGCUUUAUGUAUAGUUUUGGUGGUAGUAUUCCUCAUUGCUGUUAUAAUAGUUUGUUCAUUGAUCCCAUUGUACGUAUCGAAGAAAGGAACUGGUGUAGUAGCAGAUAAGGCGCUUAGUGCUGGAACUUUUAAUAUGGCAUUUGCUACUGAUUUCAGCAGUAGCACUGGGGAAUCAAUUACUAAUGAUGAUUCACUUACUCGUCAAUUCAAUCAAAAAAUGGGGUACUCGAACGAUGUCUUAAGUGUAAAAUCGGUUUCCUUGGGAACUGGUAGCAUUACAAGCACCAAGAGGCGAAAACGGCAACUACGAGAUGCAGUAUCUUGCGAUGCAGUUGAAGCAGAUUCUAAUGUAGGCAAAGGUGACAAACUCAUAAUUGUAAUCAUCAUCAAUGAAUGCCCAAAAACUAUGUGCAGGACUGCUAGUUGCUUUACGCAAUGUAUACCUCCAACCAAGACCGAUAUGCAAUCGAAACUUAGCUCGACUUCAUUCGAUAUUGUAACAAAUCUUGGAUCAUACACAGUUUCCGUUCGAUUUUGCACGUUUGGUCAAGUGCUUUUAGUUUCGACAGUACCACCAUUAAUAUUACCAAAUCUAUCAACUACAAAUUCAAUCAACAUAACAUCAACACUAACAGCAACAGGUAUGCCAUCCACGCUACCAGCAAUAACAUCAACACCACAACCACCGCCACUAACUACCACCACAACUGACAUAUCAACUACGACAACUGCCACAGCAACUACUCAGAAAAAAAUUAAGGAUACAACAACCGAUACAACAACAACAACAACAACAACUACUACUACUACAACAACUACAACAUCAACGACUACAACUACUACAACAACAACAACAACUACAACUACUACAACAUCAACAACAACUACAACAACAACUACGACUGCAGCAGCGGGAGGGACACAAGCUUGCAGUAAUACUGUUUGUUGUACUAAUACUUGCACUCCAUGUACCAAUAAUAAUGGUACUCUUUACUGUCAAAAGUAUUUUUAUACUGGUCCUACCUAUACUGGUGGUAGUUUUUUUGGUAUGCUUACUUUUACGACGAAUACUUAUUAUGGUUCUGUUUAUGUUACUAAUACUUGUAGCGGUCCUCCUUUUUCUGUUUCUAUUUCUAAUUCGGAUACGUGUUCUUGA